AGAUAGAACAAGAGCACAAGAUAGAACAUCGUUUUAGCAAAGGAAAAACUGCAUCACUAAGUUCAAUUACACCGGUGACUUCUUGGCGCCCGUUCUGAGUUCGCGGGGAAAGCAGCCCGAUACCCGCCGUGGUUUCAACAGUACUCUGCCCCUGAUUAGUCGCCUCGAGUGAUCAGCUGACGGAAGACUUUUGAUUGGUGGAAAGGGAUCGCUUUAAAACAAAGAGAAGAGACUCUGUGACGUGGAAUAGAAGCGGCUUGGAUACUGAGGGUGUCGGUAGGCGGUCAAGCUGUUCAUGGGGCAAAGACAAUUCAGGACAAACUCCUGCGAUAUCUGUUUUCCAUCUGAGCAUUAUUCUCCGUCAAUUGUUUUGUCAAUAUACAGAAAGGUUUAAGAGAACUACUUCAUCAAAAUACAUGCACGUCAAGUCUUCGAAAGCUUUCGUGCUUACGUUCACCGGGGAAUAUCUGUUGUAAAAGCUUCAUAUGAUGUAUGAUCAAUUUUAAAAGAACAGUCGUAGAUUCGGCGAGGGAAUAUGAAGAUAGAAUGAUCGCAUAUGUUUAGGGAUUCAGAAAAGCCAUCAUCACUAUGUUGCUGACAGUUUUGAUAAGUCGCGUCAUCUUGAAACGCUGAAACCUGCUCAUCUCAUCACCUGAUGGUCCACAUCAUCUGCUGAAGACUGAAUAACCUCUGCACUUCUGUUUCUUCUUCACUUACAACAACCUUAUAUUUCCGCCGCCUGCCACGAGGCGACGAAUCGUUGACUCGUCUUUUGGAUCCAGCAUCAACGGUCUUUGAUUCUUAGCUAAUAUAGCUGACUUUGAAAUUCACCAUGGAACCGGAAAUGGACAUGGAAAACCCUGCUUUCAACUCGACUCUUUACUCCAGUAUGCAAUUAGACAGUGAAUACAACCAGUACAUCCUCGACUUUCUGAAAACUAAAGUCUUCCCUGCUCCAUAUGAAUACCUAAUAAUUGCCAUCUAUGGAUUGGUGUUCCUGCUAGCGAUCAUCGGUAACACGCUAGUAUGUAUCGCCGUACUGCGUAAUGAACACAUGCGUACUGUUACCAAUUAUUACAUUGUGAAUCUUGCCGUGGCAGACAUCUUGGUAUCUUUAGUUUGUCUUCCUGUUACUGUGGUUGUGGACGUCUCAGAGACUUGGUUCUUCGGAGGUGUUUUGUGUUUAAUCAUUCCCUACAUACAGAACACCUCAGUGUGCGUGUCUGUUUUCACGUUGACAAUGAUCGCAGUGGACAGGUUCCUGGCAAUCUGUUACCCUCUGAAGUUCCAGAGCUCAGCCAGACGUACCAUCAUCUCAGUCAUCGUCAUCUGGUGCGUGUCACUUGCCAUCACUCUGGCCAAUCCACUCACAAUGGAAGUAACCAGUCAACAAUGGAUGGAUGGCGCCAACCCAGUGUGGCUUUCAAAAUGUGUAGAAAAAAAAUGGGAUAAAACCGAAGGGAGGAAAGCAUACUAUGUUGUUAUGCUGGUGUUUACGUACAUCAUUCCUCUCUACAUAAUCGGACUUGCGUACAUGAUGGUUUGUGUACGACUGUGGUCUGGUAUCCCAAGUGACGAGACAAGUUGCCAAGGUAAAAAAGCUGGGAACAACAACUCCGGCCAUGCAAAGGGCAAAAGGGUAAUGAACAAGAGCGCCGAAGCCCAACUGCAAUCUCGCCGUAAGGUAGCUCGUAUGCUGAUUGUGGUAGUGGUCAUCUUCGCUGUAUGCUAUCUUCCAAUUCGUGUGCUGAAUGUUUUAAGUGCGUUCGGUGCGUUCUCCCAGGCGAACGUUGAUAUGAUGGCUCACAGUGCUAACCUUGGCGUUGCUUAUCUCAUUGCCCACAUGAUGGCGUUUAUCAACAGUGCCAUCAAUCCUCUUAUAUACAACUUUAUGAGUGCAAAGUUUCGUCAAGCAUUCAAGAUGACGUUCAACUGUUGUGGUUCCGACUCCAAACGGCACUCCCGUUACACCCAGCGUUACACCAAAUGCCAGUCCUUCAACCAAAGCUCUGCGAUAUCAGACAGCCGCGCAAACACCAAUACGGAGUGCUUCUCUAUGGCUAACCGACCCAAUUCUAUUGUACAUACAACCGAGGCUUAGAUUAGAGUGUGUCUGUGUGUGUUUUUCGGCAGCAUUUCUGGAGUUCCCCCCUGCGCACUUCAUAGACUUUUGUUAGAUCGAGUUAGCUGUCUUGGUUGUGUGUUUAGACAUAGGCCCUUUUCGAAACCACGGCUUCGGCCCCAGAUUCGGCUCAGGCUAGCUUUGCCCCGCGGUUGUUUUGACAAUUUGAACGUACUUUGCGUACGCGCUAAUAAGGGCUUUAGACUAUAGACCGGAGCCUGCAGCCAAAUCCAAAGCCGAAGCCGUGAGUCGAGAAGGGCCAACGGUGUGUCAAGUGUGAAUGAGAUGAAACUGCCCUCAGGGCUUCAGACUAUAGAACGGAGCCUGCAGCCAAAGCCGAAGCCGUGAGUCGAGAAGGGCCAACGGUGUGUCAAGUGUGAAUGAGAUGAAACUGCCCUCAGGGCUUCAGACUAUAGAACGGAGCCUGCAGCCAAAUCCAAAGCCGAAGCCGUGAGUCGAGAAGGGCGAAUGGUGUGUCAAGUAUUAAUGAGAUGAAACUGCCCUCGGGGCUUCAGACUAUAUAUAGAACGGAGCCUGCAGCCAAAUCCAAAGCCGAAGCCGUGAGUCGAGAAGGGCCAACGGUGUGUCAAGUAUGAAUGAGAUGAAACUGUGGCUUUAGUCAAAUUAUAGUAUAUCCCCGUAUGUAUUCGUUUGAGAGCACAUUGAUUACAUGAGGAACCUGACAUUAAGCUCUGUGUGCGAACAAUUAGUGGAUUAUUUUUAUUCAGAAAAGCUUGACAAUUAAUUUGUUGAACAUGUUAGUUCAAAUAAAAACAAAUACAAGUUGAUCGUCUCGGGUGUUUUUUUUUUUAGAAAAGAGGAGGAUGAGGGCCUUUUUAUUUUGUAUUUCUUUUAAAGAUGGCCACCAAGCAUCUUUAAUUUAAACUGGCACAAGUUGGUCAGUUUAAAGCAACCACUUACUUCGUGUACUUACAAGUUUAAUGAGAAAUGCACCGACAAUUUGGCUUUUUGAAAUAGAACUGUAAAAUAAAAAAUAAUACAAAAAGAUGAGGGCGGGGCGAUACACUGGUACUAUGGUUAUUUUGUCUUAUCUUCCCUAUACUCGUACUAAACUCUAGGGGUGGAUAUUGAGUUCAACAUGAUGACCAUUUCACAGCUUGCAUUUCACGCACUUCACUUUACUAAAUAGACUGAUUUAAAUACCUCUUUGCUUUUCAAUAUCUUUAUCUAGCCACCACAGAGUCAUAGUCCUAAUUACUAAGUAAUCAAAGCACACUGUGUUUUUAUAUGUCCGAUUUGUGAUUGUGUUCUCUUAAUACGUAGAUUUAUGGUUUCAUGGUAAAAGUUUACUUAAUAUAUCGACCUGAAUAAGUGUUUAAUAUUUCCCUUUUUUACAAAGUGUACAGCAAUAUAUGUAUAAAUUAUUAAUCUAUAUGUCUAUAAUACCCAUUUAGUUUACAUUCUUAUACGUAGUGUGUGGGGCAUACACAUAAUUUGAAUACGCCAUGCCAGAGAGUCCUUGGCUAUAAAACUAUACAAUAAAACGAUGUCUUUGUCUGGAUAGAGUAGGAUCAGUCCGUUACUCGCUAGCGAAAUUCAAACCCAGUUUCUGUCCACGUGGUCGUGGAUCAACCUAACUGGCAAGUCUAAUUAAAACAAUGCAAUGGCAUUAGUUUUGUUUUAGCAGCUCCAUACAAUUUGCCACAAUCAAAUUACUGGAAGUCUACGUAUUCAUGCAUAGGCAACAACUUUAGGCAACAACUUCGGAAAACUAUAAUAAGCUCAAGGAAAAUGAUGAUUAUCAUUUUUUAUUUAUUCAUUUAUUUAUUUUAUUUUAUUCGCCAUAACAGUACAAAACAAAAUACAUUGACAACA